CAUCCUUGCGGAUCUUCUUGCUUCUCUGCACGUUAAAUUGAACGUUGCAAAUUGAUCAUCAACUACAAGGGAUAUAGAAAUGACGAUAAAGGUUAUUUUCUCUUCACUGAAAUGGUUGGAUUCUCGCUUAUGUUGGGAAGUUACUAUCUCCAUGCUAGGAAUUUUCAUUCUUAGUUGUAUAUUACAGAGAUUCGCCAACAAGCAGGGUCCAAUGUUGUGGCCAGUUCUAGGGAUCACACCGUCACUUUUCCUCCAUUUCAACAACCUUUAUGAUUGGGUCACCGAGUCUUUGAUCAAAGCUGGGGGAACCUUCCACUUCAGGGGAGUGUGGAUGGGAGGGGUCUUUGGAAUCGUAACCACUAAUCCUUCCAACAUUGAAUAUAUGCUCAGGUCAAAGUUCGAGAAUUUCCCCAAAGGUAAGUACUACAGAGAGAGGUUUUCUGACUUUCUUGGGGAUGGUAUCUUUAAUGCUGACGAUGAAUUAUGGAAGGAACAAAGGCGAAUUGCAACUUCUGAGAUGCAUUCAAGGCAGUUCGUCGAGCGCUCAUUUCAAACCAUGAAAGAUUUGGUGCACCAGAAGCUGCUGAAAUUAUUAGAGAAGCUCGUGGAGUCGGAGGGUACUAGUUUUGAUCUCCAAGAAGUGCUUCUUCGGUUUACUUUUGAUAACAUCUGCACUGCUGCUUUUGGUACCGAUCCUGGGUGCUUGGCCCUUGAUUUACCUGAAGUUCCUUUCGCGAAAGCUUUCGAAGAAGCUGCAGAAUUGACCAUUUUGAGAUUCUUGUUGCCACCUUUUGUAUGGAAGGCAAUGAGGUACUUUGGGAUUGGAUACGAGAAGCGGCUCAAGGAGGCAAUAAAAAUCGUGCAUGACUUUGCUGAGAAGACUUUGGCACGUCGAAGGAACGAUUUCGUUAAAUUUGGCAGCUUGAAUGAUCAUUCUGAUCUCUUGUCAAGACUUAUUCAAGACUCCGAACCAGAUAAGAAAAUGCAAUUUUCGGACAGGCUUCUAAGAGAUUUGUGCAUUAGCUUUGUAUUAGCAGGGCGAGACACGAGCUCUGUGGCAUUGGCAUGGUUUUUCUGGUUGGUACAUAAGAACCCAGAAGUAGAAACCAGAAUUCUCAGUGAGAUUAAUGAAAUCUUGGGUUCUCGCAAGUCUAAGAUUAAUGAACCACGUGACGUAGUUUUUACGUCGGAAGAACUGGAAAGGAUGGUGUACCUAGAGGCAGCAUUAUCAGAGUCUCUAAGGCUUUACCCUUCAGUGCCAAUUGAUGUCAAAGAAGUCAAAGGAGACGAUGUUUUUCCGGACGGGACUAGGGUUAAAAAUGGAGCUUGGGUUUUCUACUGUGCUUUCUCAAUGGCUAGAAUGGAGUCCAUAUGGGGAAAAGAUUGCUUAGAGUUUAAGCCAGAGAGGUGGAUAAAAGAGGGGCAGUUUGUGAAAGAGAAUCAAUACAAGUACGCUGUGUUUAAUGCCGGUCCCAGACUGUGUCUGGGGAAGAAGUUUGCUUACAUGCAGAUGAAAAUGGUAGCUGCUUCGAUCCUGUUGAGGUACGAGAUCAGGGUUGUUGAAGGCCAUAAAAUUGAACCAAAACUGACAACCACUCUUUACAUGAAGCAUGGUUUGCUGGUGACUCUCAACCCUAGGUUGGUCGCCAAUGAAUAGUCUUUAAUAUAUUAUAUGAAAACACUUUAGCCAUAUGCGGUUAAUGUUUUAACAUGAAUAUUAAUAAUUAAAUUUUCUAUUUUCUACUA